AUGGGAAUCGCUCAAGGAAAAUCCCUCUAUGAAGAUUUGGUUGAAUUCAAGGAUGUAUUCCCUGAAACUGUUCCGUGCGAAUUACCGAAGGAUAAAGGUAUUCGACACGAAGUCGAGCUUAAACCAGGCUCGAAGUACUGUGUCAUGAAGCAGUGGCCACUGCCUCGUGAACAAGUACUUGCGAUCGACAAGUUCUUUGCCGAUCGUUUAGCAGCGGGCCAUGUGAGGGAAUCAACUUCCCCACAUAGCUCUCCGACCUUCUGUGUGCGAAAAGCAACAGGAGGGUGGCGGAUAGUGCACGCGUUUAACAAAUUGAACGCUGCAACGGUACCGGCUCAGACGCCGAUACCGAGGAAGGACGUAAUCAUUGAUGGUAUGUCAAAGAGUACCAUCUUUUCGUCCAUGGAUUUGAUGGAUGGCUUCUAUCAAAUCCUAAUGCGGGAACGGGAUAUACCCUAUACCGCAGUUAGCACGCCUAGCGGCAUGCUCUGGGAAUGGCUAGUAAUGCCACAAGGGCUCAGUAAUGCCCCUGCCACGUUCAACAGGUGUGUAUCACAUCUGUUGAGGCCAGUACGAGAAUUCGCGCCGAGUUAUUUCGAUGACGUAUUCAUCCAUAGUCGAGCUAUGGAUGGAAAGUCGGACGUUGAGGUUCACAAGUACCACGUCCGACAAGUUCUUACAAUCAUGCGAAAGCAUCAAUUGUAUGCAAACCUCAAGAAGUGUAUAUUUGCAGCAAGCGAAAUACCACUUCUUGGGUGCAUCGUUGGUAAGAACGGUGUACGUCCUGAUCCCGAAAAGAUCAAGGCGAUCACCGACUGGCCCGUGCCGGUCGAUGUCAAAGGUCUUCGAAAAUUCCUUAGCUAG